AUGGAUGACGACAUGGAAAUCGAACGUAUGCUGGAAGAAAGGAUGCAUGAAGAUGUACAGAAAAACCAACAGAAAGAUACUAUAGAUACAAAUGGGGAUAAAAAAGAUAAGGAUAAAGAUAAAGAUAAAAAGCAUAGGAAACACAAGCAUCAUAAACAUCACAAAUCACACAAGAGUGACAAGAAACAUGAACGUAAACGAAGUCGCUCACCAAAACGUAGUAGCUCGCCAAUCGAACGACGUCCACGCGAACCAUCACCACCUGUGUUGUCCAGUGGAAAACGCCGAGAUACGACUUCAGAAUUGCAUCAAUUAGCACAAACAUUGAAUAAACGAGCACAGGCAAGAGACGGCGGUGCAGCGUCAUCAAAAUCUGGUCGUCGAGAGAAAUCACCGGAAUUAACACCAGAAGAACGCGAUCUUCGAACUGUAUUUUGUAUGCAGCUAGCAGCAAUGAUUCGCCCGCGUGAUCUCGAAGAAUUCUUCACACGUGUUGGUAAAGUACGCGACGUUCGCUUAAUCACAGAUCCUCGAACACGGCGAUCAAAAGGUGUUGCAUACGUUGAAUUUCGUGAUUUAGCUUGUGUUCAAGCAGCUCUCGCUCUCUCAGGAGAAAAAGUUCUCGGAAUACCAAUUAUUAUCAAACCGUCCAAUGCAGAAAAGAAUCGUCUGGCGGCUCAAGCUGCACAAGCGACUGCUGCUCAAAAUGCUCUUUUGAAUAAUGGUACCGCAGCAUUGAAUGCAUCUAUUAUACCCACACAUGGACCAAUGAAAGUAUAUGUUGGAUCGUUGCAUUUCAACAUAACCGAAGAUAUGCUACGUGGAAUAUUCGAGCCGUUUGGACGAAUCGAUAACGUCACACUGAUGAAAGAUGCCGAUACAGGCCGAUCGAGAGGAUAUGGAUUUAUUCAAUUUGCACAUGCCGAAGAUGCAAAACGCGCCAUGGAAAAUCUAAAUGGUUUUGAGCUAGCUGGACGACCGAUGAAAGUUGGACAUGUUACAGAACGACCUGGUGAAGCUACUACCGGUGCUAGUCUACCUCAGUAUUCAACUGGUAUUGCUUCUGCGUUCUCUUCUUCAUCCAAUCUCGAUUCUGAUGAUCUUGACCAUCGUGGUAUUAAUCUAGGCGCUACUGGACGUUUAGCGCUAAUGGCUAAACUCAGUGAAGGCAGUGGCUUACAAAUGCCUAAACAUGCGAUGGAUGCAUUACAAGCUGCACAUAUGCAUGCAUCUAAUUCUCAGCAAGUUCGUGUUCCUGAACCACCAAAUCCUCAACAAUUAGCAACUGUCACAGCUGUUGGUACACAAUGCUUCAUGCUUUCAAACAUGUUUAAUCCAGCUAAUGAAGUUGGAAAUCCUCACUGGGUACAAGAAAUUCAAGAUGAAGUGAUCGACGAAUGUAACAAAUAUGGUGGCGUCGUGCAUAUCUAUGUGGACGAGAAAAGUCCUGACGGCAAUGUUUAUGUUAAAUGUUCAACUAUUGCCAGCGCGAUCAACACAGUCAAUGCACUUCACGGACGAUUCUUUUCUGGUCGAACCGUUGUUGGUAAUUAUAUUCCAACGCAAUCGUAUCACAAAUUGUUUCCUGCUGCGAGUACAGCAACUAAUCUUCUAAAACCCUCGUCGUGA